AUGUCCCUGCUGACCCAGCUCGUCGCUCUCUGGCUGGUGGGCAGACAGCUGGCUCAGACGCUGACCUGCUCUCGGUGGGGAACACCCAGCGACAGCGGGUUGUUUGAGGACGGGGAUGUAAUCAUCGGGGGGCUCUUCAACCUUCACUUCAUGCCUCCUGUUAAGGACCAGAGGUUCACUCUGGAACCAGACAACAAACCCUGCACUGGUUUGCAAAAUCUACCAUUGCAGUACAUCUAUGCGAUGAUGUUCGCUCUGGAGGAAAUCAACCACAGCUCCACCUUGCUGCCGGGCGUGAAGCUGGGCCACCGUAUCCACGACUCCUGCGCCCUCCCUGCUUGGGAGAUGCAGGCUGCGCUGUCAUUGGUCGGUGGAGACACACCGAGCUGUAACUCGGGUCAGGAGGAAACAGAAGUCGGAGCAGGUGAACAGCGUGUGCCUCUGAUCAUUGGUGGCUCCUCGUCUAUAACAGCCCACGUACUGUCCAGACUCCUGGGACCACUUUCUAUUCCUCUACUGAGCUACACAGCAAGUUCUCCAAGCUUAAGUGACAGGCGACAAUUUCCUAAUUUCUUCAGAACCAUGGCCAGUGAUACCUAUCAAGCACGUGCAAUUGCUCAGCUUGCUAUAAAGUAUAAUUGGAGCUGGGUUGGAGCAGUGGUGGCCAACAAUGACUAUGGCCUCAUGGCAGUGAAGGUGUUUCAGGAGGAAAUUCAGGGGGCCGGAGUUUGCCUCUCCUUUUUGGAGACCCUUCAGAGAGAAAACAUUGAAAGUGAGGCCAGACGGGCAGCGCUCACCAUCCAGGCCUCGACUGCGAAGGUGAUUCUGAUCUUUGCCUGGUUCACGGAUGUAAUAGAGCUAUUCCUACAACUGGAGAAGCUAAAUGUGACUGACAGACAAUUUCUGGCAAGUGAGGCCUGGAGCACCAGCAGCGAUCUUCGGCAAAGCACCUUUUCACGUAAAGUGGCGAGAGGUGUUCUCGGCGUUGCCAUCCGGAGAUCCCCCCUGCCUGGGUUUGGGACUUUUGUUCGGAAUUUAAACCCGUGGCUUCGCCCGAACGACCAGUUCCUGAAGGAAUUUUGGGAAAAGGAAUUCAGAUGCAGUCCUGGGAUUGCAGCAGCUCCGUCGUCUUCUUCUCUUCCACCCUGCAACGGCACAGAGAGCCUGUGGGACGUGGAAAAUCUCUUCACCGAUGCCUCCCAGCUACGGGUAACAUACAACGUUUACCUUGCAGUCUAUGCUGCAGCCCACGCCCUUCACUCCCUACUCUCCUGCCCCGACGUUAGCAGCUCUCCAGGACGAAACGUCGCCUGUUCACUUCACACUCAAAUCAAACCCAUGGAGCUGAUGGAGCACCUCAGCAAAGUGAACUUCACCACACCGCAGGGCGAAGCGUUUUAUUUCCAAGGUGCCGACGUCAAGGCGAAGUAUGACCUCUUGAACUGGCAGAGCAGCCCCGAGGGAGAGGUCAAGCUUGUUUUGAUUGGUCGUGUGGAUGGCUUUGACCUCCACCUUAACGAGUCUGCCAUUCAGUGGAGCACAGGGUCCAGUCAGGUCCCCGUUUCCGUCUGCAGUGAGAGUUGUCCUCCUGGCACACGGAUGGCCAGCAGGAAAGGAGAACCCAUCUGCUGUUUUGACUGCAUUCCAUGUGCUGAUGGACAGAUUAGCAACACAACUGGUUCCACUCAGUGCAAUAUUUGCCCAUCUGAGUUCUGGUCCAACGCCGAGCGUACCGCCUGCAUCCCUCGCCAGCUGGACUUCCUUUCCUUCAAUGAAACUUUGGGCAUCACCCUCACAGCAGUGGCCGUUUCCGGUGUCACGGUGACAACUGCUGUGUUCAUGGUGUUCCUUUACUACCGACAGACGCCUAUGGUACGAGCCAACAACUCGGAGCUCAGCUUUCUGCUUCUCCUGUCGCUGAAGCUCUGCUUUCUGUGCUCGCUGGUGUUCAUCGGCCGGCCCUCGGCGUGGUCAUGCCGGUUCCAGCAGGCGGCCUUCGGGAUCAGCUUUGUCCUUUGCGUGUCAUGCCUUCAAGUGAAGACAAUUGUGGUCCUGGCAGCGUUCCGCUCGGCCCGGCCCGGCGCCGAAGCCCUCAUGAAGUGGUUCGGUCCCGGACAGCAGAGAGGAAGUGUCUGCCUCUUCACAUCCGUACAGGUUGUCAUCUGCAUUAUUUGGCUGUCACUUAGCCCCCCACAGCCUCGACCUGACUUGAAGAUCCCGGGUCUGCAGGUGACCCUGGAGUGCGCCAUGUCCUCUGUGGUGGGUUUCUCUCUGGUGCUGGGCUACAUUGGCCUCCUGAGCUGCACCAGCCUCCUUCUGGCCUUUCUCGCCAGGAAGCUCCCCGACAACUUCAAUGAGGCCAAGCUGAUCACCUUCAGCAUGCUGAUUUUCUGUGCCGUCUGGGUGGCUUUUGUCCCCGCUUAUGUCAGUUCACCUGGAAAAUACGCGGUGGCCGUGGAGAUUUUUGCCAUCCUGGCCUCGAGUUACGGUUUGCUGCUCUGCAUCUUUGCUCCAAAGUGUUUCAUCAUCCUUCUGAGGCCAGAGAAAAACACUAAGAAGCAUUUGAUGGCAAGAUAGUCAUUUC